UGUUUUGAAGCUGGAACAUGCAGUUGGUAAAAACAUAGGUGGAGAACGCAGAAGUCCUUCGACCUUGUCGACGGGAGAAAAUUCGACCAAAGCUCUUUCUUGCCACAGAACGGGGAAUUAUGAGCUAGGCCUUUUUGUGUAAGUGUGAGAUUGCUUUGAUUGGGAAUUGGUGAACCGCAAACUCCAAUAUGGCUGAAGGAAGGAGAAAACUGGAGCAGGACUCUCAAAUUGUAUCAGUUGGACUGGCGGCUUGCGAGAAACAUCCAGAUGGUGUUGAAAUCAACCCGAAAAAUGUGUCCCGUCGCAGGGCCUCGCCUCAAUGGAAGGGUCACUUUGACAAGCUCUCUGACAAAUGGGGGACCAUCAGCUCAGCCUCAAGUUCUGUGGCAGGAUCUCUACCAACCUCACCAAUUCCAUACCAUCUUUGGGGGGAUCUGGAGAAGCAGAAAGAGCAAGGUGGAUAUCCAUGGACUCAUCUAAGUCACAAUCAAGAGGAGGAGGUGUGGAUAGAUCCUCUGAAACUUCCCAGAGACAUAUCCGCGGCCACCAUACGAAGGAGAGAUAAGAGCAUCCCAAGGGAAUGGUUUCAUCUACCAGAGGGAGCAGAGCCUCCUUCAGUGGAGGAGCUUCUCCGAGAGUCGUCGUCAGAUGAUGAUAAUGUUGAUGAUACUCAAGGCGCUCAACGAGCCAAAUCUCCACCUUUGUGUGGACGGGGUAGAAGCAAGUCCCGAGAGCGAAAGCUGAACAAGCAUAAACUGUCAUCACAGGCACAAGACCUUCAAGCCGAGUAUGAGAUAGUGCACCCAGUACCACCCCAAGAUAAUCCAUUCGCCUCUGAAUCUUCGCUGAAAGGGUUAUCGAGUCCAUUCACAACUUACAAUGCAUUGCCUAGUCAUGAUCAGACAUCUACCAAUGCAGAAAUUUCCAGGAUUAAUCAGGAGGCAAACGAUCCCCACGUCCACCUUAAACAAGAAAUCGUUAUCAAUAAAGAGGCUGAAGAUGACUCUGACUCGACAGGAUGUUUUCCUCUCACAAGGCGGUCAAGAUCACGAAGUAAAUCAAAAGAAAAGAAAACUGGAAAAAGAUCAACCAGUAGACAUCAGAGCGAAAACGCCUACGCCUUACCACCACGGACGGACGUUCCUGGGCGUGAGGGUCAAAUAUCCCCGCCAGAGGUGAAUCGAGAUAAGAAACCAACUCCAAAGUCAAUCAAAACUAAACAUCAAGGCGGUAAAUCUAAUAGCUCUCGUGAUGAAGGCUACGAGCCAGUCGGGCAAAGGAGAACAGGCUUUGAAGGCACCAGUAGUUUGGUUAAAUUGGAUACGCGGGAAGGAACCAAUCCAUUCCUCAUUGAAGACAACAGUCCAAACAUAACCAAAGAGUACGAGGAUGUCCAACCCUUUGGCCCCCCACUUCUAAACAAUGGACAGAGCCGAUCACCUCAGCAACAACGUAGCAAAGAACGAUUAGAGCAGAUAAUGAUUGAAGAGGAACUGAAAAUGAAGAAACUCACUAAUAACACCACGCCAAGUUCAAGAGACGUGCCUCUAAGUAAUACAAACAACGUGGAAACGAAUCUAAAAAUCGACCAAGCUUCGAAUCCAUUUGAAAUACCUGAAGAGGCGAAUGUUGCAAUUGGAACAUCUUCUGAAAUGGGAAAUGCCAGUCCAGCCAAAAUUGACCGAGCCAAAGAAGAGUCGGAUCAACAUGAAAAAGAGGUUGCUAAGCAGAAAGCGAAGCAAAUUGCAAAAUUAAAAGAGAAACAAACCAAAGAAGAAGAAAAAAAAAGGGAAAAGAAUGCCAAGGAAGCAAAAUCAAGAAAAGAGAAGGAAGAACAACCGCAAAGGGAAAAACGCGAUAAAGAGGAAAAGCUCCAAAAAAUAAGGGAAGGAAAACUGCAAAAGGAAAAGGAAGAGAGGGAGGAAAAACUUAGAAAAGAGGAAGAAAUCUUGGAAGAAAAGUUGCGCAAAGAACAAUUGGUUAUCGAUGAAAGACUACGUAAGGAAGAGGCCAAAGAGGAGAAGCGACAAAAAGAAAGAGAUGUCAAGGAGGAAAAAUUACGAAGGGAAAGAGAAUCCAAAGAAGAGAAACAACGCAAGGAGAAGGAGAUCAAGGAGAAAAAAGAAAGUCAAUCUCAAGAACCCACAAGGCAAAAGGAGAAAGAGGCCAAUGGCAAAGUGAGCAAGAAUGAAUUGGAAAGAGAACAAAGCAAUACGACACUACAUGACCAUAAUAUUGCGCCACCAGAGGUAGGGAAUGGACUCUCAAAGCAUGAUCAAAAACCAAAUGCAACGGAUGAUACUGACAACAAAAAAUCCAUGGAGUCAUCCAAAGUCAAGCAAGAAUCAAACUCCCAAACAACAAAUCUAAACGAAGAAAGAUAUUCAGAAGCUAUUCCUAAAAACGACGAAGACCUGAAUCCAUUUGGCGAUGAUAGGAAAGCAAAAUAUCAAGACAAAUCCAAAACAGAGGAGCCUUCGACAUUGCAGAACCCUUUUGAGGAAGGUGUCUUUCCUACAAAUGAGCCGUUGCACAUUGACAAAAACGAUUGGGAUCUGAUCAAGCAAGAGCUAUUCCACGAAGAUGGUGAUGCACAGGAAAUCAUAUUCACACCAUUUGAAAAGGAUGAUGAGACACCAAUGGAUGUCAACAGACUUGAAAAACAGGCUCAAGAUCAAAUAGCAGAACUUUUUCAAAGUAACACUUUGGAGAAGAAAAAACGGAAAGAAGGUGAUGCUUUAUCCAAACAGAAUGACGAAUAUGAGGACGUCGCAGAAUUAAGUGCAGAAGAGUUGAAAAAGAAACAACAAGAAGAUGAGGCCUCAAGGCAACAGAGAUUGAAGGCUCAGUACCUGAAGGAGCAAGAAGAACUCAAAGCAAAGAAGGAUGCAAAACGAAAGAACAAGAGGAGGGAUAAAUCACAAGACAGUAAGCUUUCAUUCUCCUUCUUUAGCUCCUCAUCAUCCCAAAAAGGUGGGGAUGAUGAUGAAAUGGAAGGUCUUGUGAAACCAUCCCAUUCAUCAAGAUAUUCUUUGGAGACAAACGGCUCUGAAAUGCUUGACUCACAUUCACGAAUUUCCAAAAAAGAGCGAGCUAAAUUGGAAAAAGAAGCCCAAAAGGAAAAAAAGAGGAUUGAGAAACUGGAGAAGGAACAGCAGAAAAUUGAAAAGAAAGAAAUGGAGGAGAAAAGCAAGCAAGAUCAGCUGAUAAAACAAGCUGAAUUGGCCAAGCUGGCAAAAGAACAGAAAGAAGAACAGAAGAGGAAAAAGCAAGAAGAGAAAGAACACAGAAAAAAUGCUCAAGAAGAAAAGGACAAAAAACAGACAGAAUUGGCUAAGCUUGCAUUGCAACAGAAAGAAGACGAAAAAAAGAAAAAAGAGGAAGAAAAGGAAAGAAAAGAAAAAGGAAAGAGAGAAAAAGAGAUGAAGCAAGCGGAAUUGGCCAAACUAGCUUUAGAGCAAAAGCAGGAGGCUAAACGCAGGAAAGAGCAAGAUAAAGAAAGUAAAGAGCAGGCACAAAAAGAGCAUGAAAUGAGGCAAGCAGAGUUGGCCAAGCUUGCGCUUGAGCAAAAGGAAGAGGAAAAGAGGAGGAAGUUGGAAGAAAAGGAGACCAAAGAUAAUGCAAAGAAGGACCAAGAAAUGAGGCAGGCAGAAUUGGCCAGGCUCGCCUUUGAGCAGAAAGAAGAAGAAAAGAGAAGAAAGUUAGAAGAGAAAGAGAAUAAAGAUCUUAUGAAAAAGGAAGAGGAGAAAAGACAGGCAGAAUUAGCUAAGAUUGCCCUUGAACAAAAAGCAGAGGAAAGAAGAAGAAAAUUAGAAGAAAAGGAGGACAAAAAUCGGACAAAGAAGGAACAAGAAAAGAAGCAAGAAGAAUUGGCGAGGCUAGCUCUUGAACAAAAGGAAGAGCAAAGGAAAAAGAAAUUGGAAGGAAAAGAGGAAAAAGAUCGCAUGAAAAUGGAAGAGAAAAGAAGACAAGAAGAAUUGGCAAAGCUUGCACUUGAGGAAGAAGAAGGAGAAAAUAGACAGAAGGUGGAAGAAAAUGAGGUUAAAGAUCGCAUAAAAAAGGAAGAAGGCAAAUUGGACAUGGCAUCUAGUCAACAAAAGAAAAAAACCAAUCUGGAUCCACACUCGCAGAAAUGUAGAGAAACACAUUUACUAACUCAAGAUAACAAAGACAGUGUUCCCAAGGAGAAAACAAUUUCUACCUCAGAUAUGCAUGACCUUGAACAAGAAAGUGACAUCACGAAUGAGUCUAACAUAAGGGAACAAGAACUUAAAAUCGAGCAGCAGAAAAAGGAAAUUGACGAUAUGCAAAUGCUUAUCAGCUUGGCAAAUGAAGAACCCCCCAAGUCAUCCGACCUUAAUGAAGGAAAUUGGCCCGUGAAUCAAAAUGUUCCGCCUCUUCAUGAAAGUACAGCUCAAUCCAACGGUGGUCAAAAAUCUGGAAAAGAAGAGAUCUCAAAUUCGCGCAAGGACCUAAAUAAACGUUCUUUCUUGAGCAAGUUAUUCCAUACGAAAAGCGGAAAGGCAAAAUCAAUGUCAAAUUUGGAUGAUCCUGCGGAGACAAAAGAAGACGAGCGAACUUUUGAGCCCGUAAUAUUCUCGGCCUCCUCGGCUCGCCCCACAAUUGAGCCCUCAAAUCUCAGUCCAGAAGAAAAAGAUGCAAAUAAAACGCGCCCUACAAGUGAACAUCUCUACGAACCAAUUUUGGGGAGCCCCAAACCAUCCCCAUUAGCGGAUCGUAAGGAUCAGCUCAAGGAGAUUGUCGAAUCGCCCACGGAAGACAAUCAAGAUUCACCACCCGGACUGCCCCUAAAGAACAAGAACAAACGCGCCAAACAUAGGUCACAAGAAGCACCUGAAGCUAUGGCUGCCAAGACUUCUAAUAGUACCUCCUUCUGGAAGUUUGGCUCCAAGAAAAACAAUGAUGAACCGGAUUUGGUGAAGAACGGGUUCCAUGACGAAGAUGACGCGGAGGAGGAUGAAGAGGAUAUGGACACCUCCUCGGCAGGGGGCAAAGACCGGAAAAGUCGCGACCGGAAGAAGAAGCCGGGUUUGGGAACCAAGAUGAAGAACUUUCGGCUCCCAUCACCUGGAGAAGUGGCAAAUGGCUACUUAAGUUCGAACUUUCAUCAAAAGAACUUCAAGCAACCGUUGGUCAGUCGUUCACGUAUGGAAGAUCAAGAUUUGCAACGGAUUCGACAACUCACUGUCGAGCGGAAUACCCCGUCUGAAUUGGCGUCGCUUUCGCACCCCUUUGACAUCCCUUUGCCUAAAUUCAGGAAAAACCGAAGCAAGAGCAACAAGCGUGACGAGAGUGAAAGUGAGGAUGGUGGGCAUGCACCCAAUCGGCUUUAUGGAACACUGCCUAGAUCUUGGAGAGAGCAAAAUCUGGUGACAGGUGUCAAAGAGAAUGUUGAUCCUAACUUGGUGAAGGAACGACAAGAGCUGGUCAAGACCAAGUCCCCAUCUGAAUUGGCACAAUUUCGAUCAAUCACGGAUUUCCCUGUUCCCUCGAAGAUUCAGAACAUUUUUUCGACCAACAAGAAGAACCCUCAACGUCAAGCUGAAAAGCGGAGACAUAGCGCCUCUAGUGUUGAAGCAACUCCAGAGGGUUGGACCAAGAGCUUGCCAAGGUCCUGGAAGGAUACUAAGCUCGUGACCAAUGUUAAGGAAUACCAACCGAAUGAUAUUGUGAAGCAAAGACAGGAAUUGGUGUCGACCAAAAAGCCUCAUGAGUUGGCUCAAAUCCAUGGCUUUUCAGAUUUCCCAGUACCAGCCCUCUUCAAACGAUCAAGAUCAAGCUCGGGCACCAGAGAUAAAGAAUCAAGGAAACGAGCGAGCAGAACCAGCAGUGUGGUAAGCAUCACUCGAUCUGUGGGUGGAACUCUCUCAAGAGGAUGGAAGGAUACCAAGUUGGUGACCAAAGUCAAGGUCGAGCCCGACUCAGACACUCUCACCAUGAGGAGGAACUUGAUUCAGGCCAAGUCCCCGGCUGAGUUGGCCCAAAUUACAUCGGUGGCAGAUUUUCCGAUUCCAACUGCACUAGAGCACUUUUGGAAAUCGGACAAACCCAAGGAAAGCGAAGGCACCGAGAAGAAAGGCACGCAUAAGAGCAUGUCGAAUUUGGAAGAUAUGUACAGUAAUCUACCUCGUGCCUUGAAAACUGAAUGCUUGGUUCGGAGUAAAAUCGAAGAUGAAGAGGUGCUAAAGAAGCGCCAAAAGCUUGUGGAAACCAUGAAACCUGGUGAACUAGCCUCCAUCACUUCUAUCUCGGAUAUUCCCAUCCCAAGUGCCUUGGAAAACAUCUUUAAGAGCUCGGACAAGCCAGAGCCUCCAGCCAGAAGAAACAAGGAUAUAGAGGAGAAGCGCAAACGAAACCGAUCCGUUGGUGCACUUUUAAGCUAUGAAGGCCUACCUGAGAGCCUCAAAGCUGAAGUUCUAGUCCGAUCCAAAGUGGAAGAAGAUCCUGAGGAAGUGAGAGUGAGGCAAGAGCUGGUCAAGAACAAAACACCAAGCCAACUAGCAUCAAUCAAUAGUUUUUCGGACUUCCCUUUGCCAAAGAUGAUUGAUACUAUGGUUAGACCCGGAAGGAGAACCCUCAAGAGCACUAAACAAAAGGAUUUGGAGAAGAAACGAAGCCAAAGCUGGGCUAGCUUACCAGAGACCAGUUCAGGAAUGUUUUCCUCCCUGAAGAGAGACUUGGAGGUCUCCAGGGUUCAAGAGCCAGAUCAAGAGACCGUUCGCAAACGUAGAGAUAUGUUGAAAAAUAAGUCGGUCUCCGAUUUGGCGCAAAUUGGCUCGUUGGCAGACUUUCCAGUACCGACAGUGUUCCAAAACAUGGUGGGCACUUCUAAGCGAGAUAAAAGCGUCGAGAAAAAUAGGAGCGAGACUCCCACGGGCAAAAAGGAAUCUCUGUACGAGAAAUUGCCCGCUUCUUUGAGGCAAGAAUGUCUGGUCCGGGUAAAAGAUGAAAACCCGGAGUUGCAGAAGAAACGCCAGGAACUCACCCGAGCCAAAUCACCCACGGAGUUAGGAAAUAUUGGAUCCCUCUCAGACAUUCCAAUUCCAUCCCCCAUUCAAAACUUGCUACACCGAAAGAGUGAGACGGGCAGCCCCAUUCCUCCUCCCCGAAGAAAGGACAGAGACGAUCACCCGAAGAGCAUGUACGAGAGAUUGCCAGAAAGUUUGAAAACGGAAGUUCUAGUCCGAUCCGUCGUUGAGGCCGAUGAGAAGGUUCUUCGCCAACGACAGGAGAUGACGAGGUCCAUGUCUCCCGCCCAAUUGAGCGAAAUUCACGGAUUUUCCGAUUUCCCAAUGCCCUCGUUCAAAAAGAAAAAGGACCAAUCUGAAGAGAGAGGAAAGAGUCAAGAGAAAGAGAACUCUACUGAGAGUGAGAGAGGAAGUGGGUUGUAUGCAACUUUGCCCAAGUCCUUGAAAUCUGAGGUCUUGGUUCGAGCCAAGAUGGAGGACCCAGAGGUGCAACGACAAAGAGCGGAAGUUGUCAAGUCGAAGAGUGUUCACGAACUCUCUCAAAUCACAUCGUUAUCCGAUAUUCCGAUGCCUGCCUUCGUCUCAAAGGGCCCUCGACCCGUGGAGCGGAAGAAAAGGUUCAGGGAAAAGCAAAGAAGCAACUCUGCCAAGAACUUGUAUGAAACCCUUCCUCGAACGCUCAGAUCCGAGCUCUUAGUCAAGCAAACGGUUCAAGAUCAGGCCCUUCUACAACAACGACGUCGAAUGGCAGGAAGUAAAAGUGUUCAAGAACUGUCCCAGAUUCACUCCUUGGGAGAGUUCCCCUUGCCGGGAUGGCUUUCCAAGAGUAAACCGGACGUCUCAGCGUCAGGCAUGGACUCAAAAAGAACAAGCAUGAGUAACUUAUCCUCUAAACAACACAUCUAUUCGACCAUGCCCAAGUCAUUGACUCAAGAGAUGCUCGUCCGUGCCGUGAUUCAAGAUCCCACGGUAAUCAAUCAACGACGAGCCUUGACUCAAUCCAAGAGUGUCUCUGAACUGGCGCAGAUCAACUCCCUCGCUGAUUUCCCAAUUCCGUCCACUCUCUCCCGGAUGAUUUCGAGGAAGAAGGACAAGAGUCGAGAUAAUGAGAGCCGAACAGAGACGAUGUCAACGGACCCUGAAUCCAAAGAGAGCGGACUCUACGCGACGUUGCCUAAAUCGUUGAAAACCGAGGUCUUGGUACGAAGCCGGAUGGAGGAUCCCGAGAUUUUGAGAUACAGACAGCAAUUGGCCCAGAGUAAAAGCGUUGGAGAAUUGGCUUCCAUUGGUGGCUUUUCCGACUUCCCCCUGCCUACCCCCAUUCAAAACUUGUUCACUGGCAAACGAAGAUCCAAACGAGAACCUUCUAAGGAACCAGAAAAAGAGCGAGAACGGAGUAACAGCUCUCGACCAGGUUCUCGCGGUCCAUCCAACGAUAUGUAUGCUUCUUUACCCCGAUCCUUGAAAACGGAGCUCCAAGUUCGUUCCAUGCAAGAAGGUGACACCCAGACACUCAAAGAGAGGCGAGCUUUGGUGGAAUCAAAAAGCCCCGCUGAGUUGGGACAAAUCCAUUCGUUCUCCGAGAUUCCUGUUCCACGUAUGGUGGAGGACUGGCUUCACAGCUCGGAGAGCAAAAAGGGAUUGGAUUCUCCGCAGAGACCAUCCAGAUCCGCUCACGAGCUGCGCGGAGGAGGUCUCUACGAAACGCUGCCCAGGUCUUUGAAGGAACCAGUUCUGGUUGGAUCCACCGUCGAAGAUCCGGACCUUGCGAGGCAAAGGGCCGAGUUGACCCGUAGUAAGAGUCCUUCCGAAUUGGCUGCCAUCCGAGGAUUGGGUGACAUUCCCAUUCCUGGCCUUUGGAGCCAUGAUUCAGGACGAACCAGGGAGAAAAAGAAGAAGGAUGUGAAAGAGCCUCCCAAAGAAUCGAACAAAAUGGGUACCCUCACCCGUCCUUGUGUGGUGAGGAGCAAGAUUGAAGACCCCGAAAUUUUGAGACAACGUCAGGAACUUCAACAGAACAAAUCCAUUCACGAGCUCUCUAAAAUCAACAAUGUCAACGAGAUUCCGCUUCCAUUUAAAAUCCCGUUGCCUGACAUUCCUUUUCCUCAACCGACCAAAAUCUUCACCCUCUUCAAAAAGAAGCCCGCUCAGGAGCCUGUAGUGGCGGCAUCUUCGGAAAUCGGAUACACCCCUUCGGCCUCACCUGUGACCAAUGCAGAUACCACAGAGGCAGAACUCCUUCGAUUCGAAACCAGCUCCAUGGACAUGGAUACGCACAGGGAGCAAGAUUUUGGAUACGAAGUCAUUGAUCGAACCCUAGCUGACGUGAACCAAUUGCAAGAUGACUUUGAAGGCGACGAUGAACUCUCCGAACGAGAGGUUCACCCCAAGGUGGGGCAAGCUCCCACCUCGCUUCGAAAAGACUUGGCCACUGCGAGACAUCAGCCGGGAUUGCAGUCCCAGAACCAACAAAGAUUGGAUGAUGACGAGCAAUUGGUGGAACAAUAUCGAGGAACACCCGAGAGAAAAGUGCCAUCCCGGAACAAAAGGCGAACUCAACCUCAUCCUGCUAGCUCACCUCGACACGAAUUUCCCCGAAGCGAAUCUCCUCCUCCUCCUCUGCCUCCCAAGAAGCCAGGUGGUCGCCGAGAAGAAAUCAUAGAUGAUUAUGAAGACGAAGAAGAUGAGGAAAUGGAAGUGGUUCCUGUCAAAGGCAUCCUGACCUUAGAAGCCAGCAAUGGGAAUCUUCAAGUGAGGAAAAAUGAAUACAAGGAAAUCUUUCCCAGUUCGUCCUCCCCUAUUCAGCCUACUAGUUCCAGAGGUAAAAUCUCUCCUCGAAUCUCAUCACCUGCAUCCCCGUCAUUCCUGACCGAGGUCGGAUAUGGAGAGUCUCCUACCCCUCCUCCAACUUUGCCUGUAAAAACUCGGGUUGGAGGAGGAGGUGGAUCUGACACUCACAACAGAACGAAAGAGAUCCAACCACACAUCAGGAUUGGCCACGAGAGUCCUCGGCUGGACUCCUAUGACGAAGUUUUCCCUGCCUCCCUGAACUUGGCUCCUACGGCUUUGAAUUUGAAAGUUCCAUUUCCAAACGAGAUCCACGAAUCUCCUGAGUGUGCCACCCUCGCCACGCUUUCCCAACCUUUGCCCGUUUUUGCUCCACGUCGACGAAAGAAGCAAGAAAGAGUCGACCACGAGGACUGUCCAGAACACGACAGGAAAGAAAACAUCCUCGUUCAGACUGAAUGCCCACCUUCCUUUGGCAUUACUAAUUCAGUUGAAGAGUGUUCCCUCCCAUCCUCGUCUUUCCUCUGUGAUUCAAGCCAAGACCAGGAAAACCCAAUACUGACGGGACUGGAAUCUGAAAGAGAGAUUGAACGAAUUACAACUGAAACUGAUUUGCUGACAACCGACGAUGACGUUGAAAGAAUUCAAUCUCGCCCUCUGCCUGCUCCACCAGCACCGAAAAGAACUCUCAAGAAAAAACCAUCUCCCAAGAAACAAGAAAGUCACCCAUUGUCACCAGAAAUGAAAGCGGCGUCAUUGGAGGAGAGCCACGAUGAAGCCUCACUGAAAGUACCAAACUCGCUUAUGAAACGAUCAGGCUCCUCUGCCUCCAACAAAUCUGCCUCCAGACUCUCCAUGAAAUCUCCGAUUCCCUCGUCUGACGCGUCCUUCCACACUGCUGUUCAAUCGUCAAUGGAUCGGACUCUGGUGGACAGCUCGGAAGUUAGAAGACGUGACAAUAUGGACGAGGAUGAAGAAACUUUGGCUGAUUCGAUUGUGGACUCCAUGCACAGUUGUGCCGACACUAUCGUGGUCUCCGACGACGACCUGACUCUAAACGAGCAAGGAGGUGACACAGAUAUGGAAGGCGACGAUGAUCCACUUUCGGAGCAUUUUCACUCAAUCCCCUUGAACACCGCAAGUGAGAGUAUGGAACAAUAUGUCCGUAGAAUGCAAGAAACACCCACUCCACCUGCAGAGGAUCCACCGUUCUCUUCUGUUUCCGGCCUGGACACCUCUUCUCGCUUUGGCGGUGAGACGCAAGAAUUAAGCCGAGAACUCUUGGAACAUGUUGGGAAUUUACGAUCCACACUUGAUCACAUGUCCUCUAAGUUAGGAACCUCGCCCCAGCCACCUCACCAGGCUUGAGGACGAGGUUCCCCGAUGAACUAAAGGAGAUCGACGUAGAGAGAGCACUGUGGGCUCCAAUCAUUGGCAUUGAUAUCAAACCAAGAUCAUGCAACUAGUUCAUUAAACAUUGUGGCCUUCAAAGGUUAAUCAAAGAAUCAAAGAUUAUUUUCUAAGAGGAAGGAAUUGCUUGUUGUACAUAAGAAAACGACCUCAGCCGACAUCGCUCUUGACGAAGCGUUAUGCCAAAAUGUCUGUACACUAUUUGAUAAAUAAAGUUCCGCAGUUUGGGUUACAAAA